AGGGAAAGCUAGAAAACUGACAGAAGUAUGCGGGGCUCGUCCUUGCAGACCUGACGUCACCCCGGGCUCUUGAACAGUCACCUGCAGGUCCAGAAGCAAACAGUGCCGCGCGGAGGUGACAGCGCGGGGACGAAGAUGUAGCUCACCUGCGGAGAUCCGCGUGCUGCGCGCCUGACGGAACCAAAUCAGUUCUGGAUUCAAUGCAUGUGCGGUUCCUCACUAGUGAUGAGCUGGCUCCUGUUGUGGAUUCUGACAGCAACUGGGCUUCAACAGGCCUACUCCCUUAAUUCCACAGUCAUGCCACCGGCUACCGCUGUCACCUCCCUACCUGCAGACCUGUAUAAUCACACGCGGUACUGCAAAUGGCCCUGUGAGUGUCCGGAGGUUCCCCCCAAGUGCCCACUGGGUGUGAGCCUCCUCAUGGAUGGCUGUGACUGCUGCAAGGCCUGUGCCCAGCAGGUGGGCGAGGUGUGCAAUGAGGCUGACACGUGCGACUACCACAAGGGACUGUACUGUGACUACAGCUCGGACAAGCCUAGGUACGAAAAAGGAUUGUGUGCAUAUAUGGUUGGAAAAGGCUGUGAGCAUGAUGGUGUCAUCUACCGCAAUGGUCAGAGCUUCAGGCCCAGCUGUAAAUACCAGUGUCUGUGCGUGAACGGUGCCAUCGGUUGUGUGUCACUGUGCACAGAGUUCCAGCCUCCACGAGUGUGGUGCCAAAACCCUCGCAGGGUCAAAGUCAGGGGUCAGUGCUGUGAGCAGUGGAUCUGUGAUGAACCCAAAAGAGGUCGCAAGACAGCAGUGCGACAUGCCGUGGAGGCUUUCCCAGCUGAGACCAGGAGCUGGCACAAGAACUGCAUCAGUCAGACUACCUCCUGGAGCCCAUGCUCUAAGACCUGUGGCCGUGGCCUGUCCUUGAGGAUCUCUAACACCAACAACCAAUGUGAGCUCGUCAAAGAGUCCCGUCUCUGCAACCUGCGGCCAUGUGAGGUUGACAUUACCGAACACAUCAAGCCAGGCAAGAAGUGCCUGAAUAUCUACAGGGAAGAUCAUCCUUCAAACCUGACCAUCUCUGGCUGCAUCAGCAAGAAGCAGUACAGGCCCAAAUACUGUGGAGUCUGCACUGACGAGCGCUGCUGCAUCCCUUAUAAGUCCAAAACCGUUGAUGUGGAAUUUGAGUGUCCUAAUGGCUCCAUAUUCACCUGGAAGAUGAUGUGGAUCCAAGCCUGCUUCUGCAACCUCAGCUGCAAAAACCCCAAUGACAUCUUUGCAGAGCUGGAGAAUUACUACGGUUACCCAGAAGUCACGGACUAAGAAGUGCCAGUCCCAUUGUUUUCCCUGACAUCUUUUUCAAUGUUUUGUAUUUCCAAUGUUUGUUUUUUAUAGUCUUUUUUCCUAUUGGAAAUAUAUGUAAAUAUGACAUGUGUAUGUGUCUCCAGAAUGGGUUUUUAAUUCAUACUGUGCUGUCAAAUAAUAUUUUAAGCACUACCUAUGGGAAAUAUUCAAGUUUAAUUUAUUCGUAUAGCUUCAGAAUUCAAAUGUGGCCUUUCAAACUUAAUGUAGAGAAGUUUAAAAAAAAUUAAGAAAUAUGCUAUAAUGACACAAAAAGGGAAUCUGUUACAACUUUUUAUUGUCAUUUUUUAAUAAAUACAAACUGUUA